CAGGUGGAGAGUUUAUUUGUAAAAUAACAAAUUAACGGAAGUGUUCAUUUUUAAGUAAUCGAUGGUUUCUUGCAUUGUGUUUUUCAGUAAUUGAAUCUCAUAAACAACUCUUAGCAAACAGAAAUUGAUUAAAUAUUUUUAUAUCGCGAUUUUUCGGAUGUGAUCGUACGCUGUUGUGUGACGAUAGCAAACAGAGCGCGGAAGUACAAAAAAAAGUGUGCGUGGGACUGUCAAAGGGUUCUUAUGUUAAUUUGUUCACAAGCAUAAGCGUUGAUGAAUGUCUGAGAGUGAUACUUACGAUUCGGCGGACGAAUAUACAAGCCUAAUGGACGGUCACGUCGCGGAAUCUCGGACGGACGACCUGGGCUUAGUCACUGGUCGGAAAAGGCGUUCGCGUAUUAGUAACGAAGAGGUUGAAAAUGACCUUCCUGAAGUACACAUUCAGACACAAAGUAUGUCAAACAAUGCAAGUUCAGGUAGAAGAGCUGUAUCAGGUAACAGUGGUCAAGAUAGAUCAAGGAAUUAUAGAGAGGAACAGGAAGAAGAAUUAAAAUAUGGAGCAGCACAUGUUAUUAAAUUAUUUGUGCCUGUAUCUCUUUGUAUGUUAGUUGUAGUUGCGACAAUUAGUAAUAUACAUUUCUAUACAACCAAAGGAAUGUACUUACUAUACACUCCAUUUCAUGAAGACAGUAAUGAGACAAGUACCAAAGCUUGGCAAGCAGUUGCCAAUUCUUUGAUACUCAUGAGUGUCAUUGUAGUUAUGACUGUGAUACUUAUUGUACUAUAUAAAUACAAGUUUUAUAGAGUAAUCCAUGGAUGGUUGAUAAUAAGUUCCUUAAUAUUGUUAUCUCUGUUUUCUAUUCUAUUUUGCGAGCAAGUAUUAAAAGCAUACAACAUUCCAAUGGAUUUGUUUACAUUAGGUAUAGUUGCAUGGAAUUUUGGAGUUGUUGGAAUGAUAUGUAUACAUUGGCAAGGUCCCUUGCAGUUACAACAAGCAUAUCUUAUUUUCAUCUCUGCCCUGAUGGCACUUGUUUUUAUUAAAUAUUUGCCAGAAUGGACAGCAUGGGUUGUACUAGGUGUUAUCAGCAUUUGGGAUUUGAUCGCGGUAUUAACACCGAAGGGGCCUCUAAGGAUACUUGUAGAAACUGCUCAAGAACGAAAUGAAUCUAUUUUUCCUGCAUUAAUCUAUUCUUCUACAAUCAUGUAUACAGCCACGAUGACUUAUGCCGGUUAUGUACAAGCAGCAACGAUGGCUACCAGCGAUUCUGGUGCUGGCGAUAAUACGCAAUAUCCUGUGCGCGGUCAAGCGGAUAAUCAAAAUAAUCCUGCAUCAGGAGAUGCAGAAGAAGGCGGGUUUACUCUUGAAUGGAUGGAAACACAUGGUGAUCGAGGAGCGAGACGAGCGCAAGAAGUACGCGAAAAUUCAUCAUCCAUAUCAGAAAACACGAGACAACAAGAAACUCGCAUUGUGCGUGAAUCACAAGGACAACAAGUUGCGGUUAUAGAAGAAGAACGAGGGGUGAAGUUAGGUCUCGGUGAUUUUAUAUUCUACAGCGUUUUAGUUGGAAAAGCUUCCAGUUAUGGUGAUUGGAAUACUACUUUGGCUUGUUUCGUUGCCAUUCUCAUCGGGCUUUGUUUAACAUUAUUGUUGCUGGCUAUAUUCAAGAAAGCAUUGCCCGCAUUACCGAUCUCUAUUACGUUUGGUUUAACAUUUUAUUUCGCCACCAGGGUAAUCGUUGCGCCGUUUGCGGAUAAUUUAGCAACCGAGCAAGUGUUCAUUUAACUAUAGGUAUGAUAAGCAUAACAUUCAUAAUUUAUUACAAAAAGAUAGUGCCUAUUCACUUAUCGAUCGACUAGCUUUUAUAUUUCGUUUAAAU